GAGCUAACGGCUGUUUCCACACGUGGAGAACUUUUAAUGAACACGUGAGGGAAGGAGGCAAUGUCUGCGGAAAGUCUACCUCACAACUCUGGCGUCCGACUCCAACCCCCAGGGCGACAGCUAGUUCGAUGUGUUCCUGGGGUGGGGGUGGGGUGGUCUACGCCCCUUUCCAUUAGUGUCCCCGGCCCUCGGCCACAGGUUUUCUGAGAAGCUUUCUCAAGCAGUCCCCGCCCCAGGAGGCGGCCACACAGGCCACUUGCGCCUGCGCCUGCUCCGGGCGCCACACCGCGGGGGCGGAGCCGCCGAGGAAAGGGGCGUCUCUCCCGCCGUCGCGCGCAGGGCGGAGCCGUGGGGGCGGUGCGGCCGGGCGCCCAGAGACCUGACCUUCCCGAACGCCGGGUCCCGUGACGUCACCUCGCCGUGACGCGCACGCUGUAGGAAAACUGAUUAAUUAAAAGGAUUUACUGUAUAUCUUAUGACUCUUUACUGGAGCCUUAGGAGAUAGAUAAAGAUGAAUGCCAUGUCUCAUCCAACACUGAAAAUUUGAAGUUUAGAAGACAUUUACUAAGUCAAAUCACCUCGAGGACAUUGUUAUUCAAGUCAAAAACAUCAUAAUGCAGAAUUUUUUAUCAAUACCACCAAAAGAUCAACAAGGUGAGUCCAACGUCUCUUCUGGAACGAUUCAGAGUGGGAAAGGUUUGCAGAAUAAGAGUCAGUUUAGGACCAUUGCACCAAAAAUCAUGCCCAAAGUCCUGACAUCCAGAGUGCUGCCGUGCCCUUCAUCAUCACUCUCUGAUCAGGUGAAUCCAGGACCCUCCAUCAAUGCCAAGCCUCUGGGGGUGCCCACCCAAAAUUACGCUCUGAUGCAGGUUGCUGGACAGGAGGGGACGUUUUCUCUCGUCGCUCUGCCACAUGUCACCUCCGCUCAGCCAAUCCAGAAACCCAGACUGGCGCUGCCUGAAAAUCUGAAGCUGCCUAUUCCUCGAUACCAACCCCCAAGAAAUAACAAAGGAUCGAGAAAGAAACCCACUCGGAGUUCCUCUGAGAGUGGUGCUGGCAUACCUCCUGCCCAAACCCAAACGUCCCCCUCCCCACCUGACCGUCCCAAACCCCCACACAGACCUGGUCAAUCAGAGCAAGUGCCGUCACUAGACCCAGGCCCGUCCAGCAUCAGCAUGGCGGCACUGACCAACCAUGGUGGCCCCGGAGACUCUCCACCCCCAGGGACCAACGACCAUGGAGAUCUGAACCCUUCUGCCACCCCGAUGGUAUCCACACCAGAAGAGCCCUCAGCCAAGCCGGGCCUUGCAGUGACUCCAGGGAGAGCAACCUUGGUGAGUGAGGAAACCUGCAGUAAACCUUCUCCCAUUGCCAGUGGGAAACGGAGAGAACAAGCUGAUCUUACAAAAGCCAUGACCAUUUUAUCACCAGCUGUUUUCAGCAGUGCAGUUCAGCUGAUCUCUCCAGUCCCCAGAGGUAAACUGCCCAUCCUGCCCUAUGCCAGAGGGAGAACAGCGGAGGUGUGUGGAGGCCAGUCAGACGCGAGCCUCACAGAUGGCUCUGUGCCCGGGCUCAGGGCAGCCUGUGGUAAGGCAUCCUCCAUCCCAGAGGGCUUUACUGCAGCCACCAAGGUGCUUGGCAAGACACCUGCUCCACAGAGCCCCUGUGAAAGUACCUUUUGUGCGGCCACCAGACCAGAUCUCAGCCACAAAGCAAAACUCAGUGGUGGGGCAGCAAAGAGAAGAGUAAGAAAACGAAAGGUACCAGAUGAAAUUUUGUCAUUUCAGGGAAAAAGGAGGAAAUGUGUCCUUAAUAAGUGUAAAGAUAGUAAAGAAAGAGUAAAAGCUGAUCCGCAAGAAUCCAGUGACCAAAAACCAGGGUCUCUGAAGAAAUACCGCAGCAUUAUGCCCAAGCCUGUGAUUGUCGUGUCUGCUUUGGCUCCCCUGGCUUCUCCUGCAGGCGUGUUCCAGCCCCAGACACCAGGCAGCCUCGGGCAGGACAUGUUGUUAAACAGUCCCCUCAGCCCUAAGUAUCCCGGCUGUAGGCAGGAUAGCGGCACCUCCCCGAAACCCAGCUCUGCGCUGAGAAACGGACUCUCGGGCAUUAAGAAACCGUGGCACAGGUGUCACAUCUGUAACCACCACUUCCAGUUCAAACAGCACCUUCGUGACCACAUGAACACACACACUAACAGACGGCCUUACAGCUGCCGAGUCUGCCGCAAGGCCUAUGUACGUCCGGGCAGCCUGAGCGCACACAUGAAACUCCAUCACGCGGAGAACCGUCUGAAGAAACUCGUGUGCUGUGAGUUUUGUGCGAAAGUGUUUGGCCACGUCAGGGUCUACUUCGGCCACCUAAAAGAAGUGCACCGGGUUGUCAUCAGCACGGAGCCUUCCCCCGGCGAAAGGCAGCCGGGAGACGUGUCAAAGAACAGAGGCCUGACCGCUCGAGGGACCGAGGGACCCGUGGAGAGGGAAAACAAGUCAAGCCUAGAAGAAGACCUCCUCCUAACCCAGGCGGACGAAGUCAAAUUACAAAUCAAAUGUGGCCGUUGUCAGAUCACUGCCCAGUCUUUUGCUGAAAUCAAGUUUCAUUUACUUUACGUUCACGGAGAGGAAAUUCAGGGCCGGCUGCAAGAGGAGAUCUUACCGGGAAGCACAGGAGCUCAGGAAGAACUGGUGAAACACACUGCUCCUUUCAGGAAACAACAUCCUGAGAGAAGGAGGCUACUCAAGCGUGCUCCCCCUGAUGAGGACUUAAAUGCAUUUCCUAAGCUGAAAAGGCAGCUGUGCCUUCAUCAUCACACUGAUGUGGACAGGUUCAGGAAAAUGGAGGGAGCCCAAGCGGGACCCAGGGAGCCGCUGCCGGGGGUGGUCCCCCGGGGCUCUGCGAGUCCCAGCCCCCACACCCUCCUCUUUGGGGCCCGUUCAGGCUUUAACUGUGUCCUUUGUGCACAGACGAUGGCCAGGAAGGAAGAAGUCCUCCAGCACUGGGAACAAGAGCACAACUGUGAGGACCCUCCCAAGCUGUGGACGAUUUUAAAUGCAUUCUCUAGCCAGGGGGUGACCGGACCUCCCGGGGAGACUGAGAAAUGAAAUCUUGGGGGUGGGGGUAAAGAGAAUGCUGCUUGCUUGCUCUCUGUUUCUCUCAAAGCCCUGCAUUUUUAUGGUGGUGCUUAAUUAUAAAAGUCAGACAAAUUAGGAUCAGCAUUAAUGAGCACAAGUGAUUUUUGUACAUAGUUUUAUUUUCUUACAAAAUAUACAUAUAUAUAUAUAUAUAUAUAUGCCUUUCGUGUAUAUUUUUCUAACCAUAUGCAGUUUUACUUUAAAAGUCUGUGUACUAACCAUUAAUGUCUUAGACUUUGAGAAUAAAGAAAAAGACCAAAAUUUGGCAAUUGAAAUGUAAAAAAUUAUAUAGGCUGUUCUUCAAGUACAGUGUUCAGCGUGUUUGAGCGUGCGCAUAUAUCAUUUUGUUCAGCUGUUUGCUGUUUAAGUAGACGGACAAAUGUGAGCCAGGCCAGUCUCAGCCACACGUAUGGUGUUGAUAUUUAUCAAAUUCUCUGGUGUAUUUGAAUAGGCUGUAGAGCAGUACAUUUAAUAAGGUUCUCAUCUACCAUAAUUUAAAAUUCCAUGUUUCCUGGAUUUUUUCCAAUAUUUUUGCCAUUUUCUUAAAUGUACGUUGCCUUGAAGAUUAGAUGUUGGUAAGUCUUACAGCUGUAGUGUUCCAUAUCAAAGUAAUCAAGCAUUUUUUAGUACUUCAGCUAAUAAAAAACCACUUUUUGGUUAAAAGUUCUUCUCAAAUAGUCUUUCGGGCCAGGAAAUUUACAACCUGGAAAGUGUGCUAGACAGUUCAGCCCAGAUGGGCUAGGUGUCUGAACCGCUUGCCCUCCCUCCCAAGGAGCUUCACAGGGUCAUCGCUAGCUGAUCAAUUUUCGAUGUAACUGUGCCUUUCAAGCCCAGGGUUCUCUUUGAAAGCCAAGAGUAAAUGAUUGCCUCUUAAAUUCCUGGGAACCAGAAAAGUUGCCACUUGGAGCUCCUGGACAUCCUGGCUGCAAAAUCAUUUUCUUAGAAUGGGGGAGUUUAAGCAGUCGUCCAGCUGAGGUUCCAGCCUCUGGGUGAAAGUACUGUGCAUGUGGCCGUCUGCCUGAAGCACGGCCCAGGCGUCGUCACAACAUGUUUCUGUGCUACAGGAAGUUGCCGAACCAGGAAGAACUGAAUUCGAAUUGAUAAGCUAGUGGUUUUUAAGUCAUCUUUUUUUUUUUUAAUGUCUUAUUUUAAAAGAAAGUGUUCAUUAGCACGAUUUGGCUCAAAUUUUCCAGAAAGUCAGUUCUUGACUUUUUGCAAAUAGUUUUAUAAAUUUGAGACUAUGAGGGUAGGCAUGGAAAUCUCUGAAAGAUUUUGCUGCCGUGGUGUGUCAAUCAUCGUGCUUUACCCAGUUUGAAAGAGAUCAUAUCAGACCUUCACUGUUUGAUAUUUUUAGAACCAGGUUAGUAAUGAAACCACUUUACCAUUCAGUGCAGCACCUUUUGGGAAGAUUGGUCUGAAGGCCUAAAAGUGAGAUCAACCAAGAAUACUACUUGAAUUCAAACCAUGAAACUUGAAUUCAAACUAUAAAAUAAUUCGUAGACUACUCAGUCCUCAGAUACUAAGCAGUAUUUCUGAAAUACUAGCCAGUCGGCCAAGGCAGAGGAGGGGGUCUGGAGUAUGUACAGAGGCAGAGUUGUGGGGGAGAGUGCCCCCACACAGCAAGUAAAGGAAACUCUGAAGUCCACCAGGUUGUGGAGACACCUGCCUACAGCCAGUGUUUUGCCUACAGCAAAACACGGAGGGUAUAGACAGCCUGUAAAAAGUAGAGACUUAUGAAUGGGGCACGGGCCCAGGUAGGAGGGUGUGUGACUGGCUCAUGAUUAGGUGCCCUGACUGGAUCCCCUUCUCAUCAGGGCCCUAUACCAUAGGUUUGGGGCAGGGGGCAGGGGGGGUCAGCACUCAUCUUUAAGAAGGCUCUUAUUAUGAGAAAAGGCGAUGUGCAGUGCAGAGGGCCUCACUGGAUGCCUAUGUGUGUGGGUUCAUUCGGAAUAGAAUGUUCUAGUUCUCAGCUUCUAGAAGCACUCCCCUGCAUUACCGUGGGAAGGGUCCUGCUGCCACCCAAGAUAAGGGGCUUCUGGCCCUUUAAGAGUGCUUCUUCAGCUGGAGUGGCACGGAGAGGGACUCCUACUGGGGAGCAGGAAGGAAAGAGAGGGUGAUUCAGCUAAAGAGGCUCUGGGAACAGCUCAGAUUGAUAAGCCAGUGGGUCUUCAUUGAUGAGCCUUCCUUGGACACAGACAUGUUGUUGGUGUGGUCCCAACCUACAUCCUUGACCCACAGGCAGUGAGGUGUAGAAACGUGCUGCUCCGUGUGACCCUCAGAGCAUUACCUGUCCAGGACUCCAUUCCCUCGUGUGUGCACAGUGAGUGAUGCUCCUGCCUUGGGCCUCACAGUAACCGGGGGCUGAUAUUUAUCAUGCUUCUGGCCAGCCUUGGAGAAGAGGUGUAUUAGACCAUAGAAAGACCAUUUAAAAUGGCUCAGGUAGGCUCUUCCUGUAAGCGGCCUGAGGUGAUCUCUGAAAAUGGUCCGCCAUUCACUGGACCCAGAAAACCCUACAAAAUCAUGCAAAUGAAGAGAUUCAAAUCUUCAUGUUCACUUUAUACGCAUGUAUCCAAGGUCACAUGACAGUACCUGAAAGUACCUGUGAAAGAUGUCACUUUGCAGAAGCAAUGUGUGCCAUUCCGUCGCUACCAUGGUGUAUUUGGUAGUUGUGCCCAGGGCAAACAGUGGGGCUGGACACAGGGUCAGUGGCCCAAAACGUGCUGAGUUUUUACUGCAGAUGCUUUAAAACCGCAGAGUAAUGCUGAACUUAAGGGUUUAGAUGUAGAGUCUCUGGUCAUUGAGCUCAUCCAGGUGAACAAAGCCCCCCCAAGAUGUAGUGGAGAAUUUACAGGGUUCAUGGUGGGAUUAACUCAUACAUGAGCUCUCCCUGCCACGCUGAGAUGAUCCUUACUGAAAAAGAACAGAGUAUUCCUAAACCAGAAGAGGAGGUUGCAAAAAAAAAGAAAAGAAAAAAAAAAAAAAAAAAAAGGUUUUGCUCAGAAGAAAAAGACUUCCUGGAAGAAACUGAAGAAACAAAAACCUAUGGCCUGGGAGUAAAUUCUGCAUAAAAUAAAUGCAAAUAAAAGUAAAAAAAAAAAAAAAAAUACAAUUUUAAAAAUAAAGCAGCUCACGUAGGUCUCAAGUCCAGAAUUCAAAAAUGAAAACUCUACUGAGAACCAUAGAAAUUUUCAUCUUUGCAUAAAAAGUGUAUUUUAAUUUUUCAGUUAUCACAGUAGGAUCUGGAGUACAUGGAGGCUGCCAAGUGUUUCUUCAUACAGAAAGUGGCAUUCAGUUAUUUCCAUUCUGGGCUCUACUUUGGCCCUCAUGUUCCUCCCUGAGGCUGCCCCUUCCCGGCCUGGAUCUGGCCAGCACCGCAGUGCUCACCCCCGGGUCUUGAACUUGACAGUGGACUUGUCCACUUCCCACACUAGACCAUAAGCCUCUGGAGGGCAGGGAUUGUGUCUUUGCUCAGCACGCAGCCCCAGAGGGUCCAGUACCUGAUAUGGAAUAAUGUACAAUAAACAUUUGUUGAAAAAAUGGAUAUAUUAGCUAAAUACAAAUGGAAUUGGCACUUCCCUUUUUACGAAUAAAGCCAGCUUCAGGAGUAACCAAACUUACAGCUAGGAAGGCAUAGAGGCAAAUUUGGUCUUAAAUUCAGCAUACUCAUUUUGCUUAAUGUCUUUUGCUUCUUGGAAAAUUGUCCCAGAGCCAGCAAAACGGGACUUUUUUCUUUUCUCUUGGCCCUAAAUUAUUUCUGAAAGUUACAGCAUUUUAGAUUUGUAUUGUUUUAUUAGCUGUCAUUUUUAUUCAUGUCCCCUUUUGUUACUCUCUCUUUCUCUGGACCUCUUCCUGGUUUAGCUUGACUAUUCCUCCGUUAAGCUGUUCCUCAUAUGGAAAGUUGUCUCUUCAUCAGCACGCCAUAAAUAAUCAAACCUGGGCGCGUUCCAUUACCUUCUCUGGCUCCACACUCCUGCCUCCCAGCUGCACGGCUCCAGUUUUCCGUGGCCCCAGUGACAUGAUUGUUGGCAAUAAAUGCUCAACUUCAUUUAUUUAUUAGAAUUCUCGGAUCUGGACUGGUUUGCUCCAUUCAAGCUGCUGACAUGCUUUGUUAGAUACAUAUUUUAUGGAGUCUCCUCCUUUCACUGAGCUCCUGAGAAACAAUGCCCCGGUAGAGAUGAACUGGGAUUUAACAGAACAGGCUUUUAGCUUCAACUUUAUACAGACUUCCCUGACAUUAGACAAUCAGCAGCUUAUCUAGGCUUGUGGUGCAAUCCAAUAUAUAUUUUAACUAUAUCCAUCUCUUCGAGAAUGUUCCUUUUGAGGUGAAAUGUUUAUUGUAUCUCCUGUUUGGUCAUGGUCAUGGUUAUCACCAUAAUAAAACUAUAGCCACAGUUUUGCAAGCAUA